GGGUGCGGGCGGCGCGAGGGCGGCGCGGGGCGGUGGCCAGUGAGCCGGCGGUUCUCGCUAGGGGCGCCCACCGCCAGUCUCUCGGCGCGAGCCGCCGCCGCCAGCGCCCGCCCGAGAGCCGGCCCGGCCCCAGCACAGCCCGCGGAGCGGCCUCCGGGACGCCGCGAGGCGAGAGGAGCGCGCCGGCGCCUGGCCUUCGCCGCGGCCCAGCGCGCGGGAUGAGGGGCAGCCAGCGGGCCGCGCCGGCCCUGCGGCCGCGGGGGCGGCUGUGGCCCGUGCUGGUCGUGCUGGCGGCCGCCGCGGCGCGCUGCGCCCGGGCAGCCAUGGACGAGUGCGCGGACGAGGGCGGGCGGCCGCAGCGCUGCAUGCCCGAGUUCGUCAACGCCGCCUUCAACGUGACCGUGGUGGCCACCAACACGUGUGGGACUCCGCCUGAGGAGUACUGCGUGCAGACCGGGGUGACCGGGGUCACCAAGUCCUGUCACCUGUGCGACGCCGGGCAGCCCCACCUGCAGCACGGGGCUGCUUUCCUGACCGACUACAACAACCAGGCCGACACCACCUGGUGGCAAAGCCAGACCAUGCUGGCCGGGGUGCAGUACCCCAACUCCAUCAACCUCACGCUGCACCUGGGAAAAGCUUUUGACAUCACCUAUGUACGCCUCAAGUUCCACACCAGCCGCCCGGAGAGCUUUGCCAUUUACAAGCGCACGCGGGAGGACGGGCCCUGGAUCCCUUACCAGCACUACAGCGGCUCCUGCGAGAACACCUACUCCAAGGCAAACCGCGGCUUCAUCAGGACGGGAGGGGACGAGCAGCAGGCCUUGUGCACUGACGAGUUCAGUGACAUUUCUCCCCUCACAGGGGGCAACGUGGCCUUUUCCACCCUAGAAGGAAGGCCCAGCGCCUACAACUUCGACAACAGCCCUGUGCUGCAGGAAUGGGUAACUGCCACUGACAUCAGAGUGACUCUCAAUCGCCUAAACACUUUUGGAGAUGAAGUGUUUAAUGACCCCAAAGUUCUCAAGUCCUAUUACUAUGCUAUCUCUGAUUUCGCUGUGGGUGGCAGGUGUAAAUGUAAUGGACAUGCAAGCGAGUGUAUGAAGAAUGAAUUCGACAAGCUGGUGUGUAAUUGCAAACAUAAUACGUAUGGAGUAGACUGUGAAAAGUGUCUUCCUUUCUUCAAUGACCGGCCAUGGAGGAGGGCAACGGCUGAAAGUGCCAGCGAAUGCCUGCCCUGUGACUGCAACGGCCGAUCACAGGAAUGCUACUUUGACCCUGAGCUAUACCGUUCCACCGGCCACGGUGGCCACUGCACCAACUGCCGGGACAACACGGACGGCGCCAACUGUGAGAGGUGCCGCGAGAACUUCUUCCGCCUUGGGCACAACGAAGCCUGCUCUCCGUGCCACUGUAGCCCUGUUGGUUCCCUGAGCACACAGUGUGACAGCUACGGCAGAUGCAGCUGCAAGCCGGGAGUGAUGGGGGACAAGUGUGACCGUUGCCAGCCUGGAUUCCAUUCUCUCACUGAGGCAGGAUGCAGGCCGUGCUCUUGUAACCCUUCUGGCAGCACAGAUGAAUGUAAUGUUGAAACAGGAAGAUGCGUUUGCAAAGACAAUGUCGAAGGCUUCAACUGUGAGAGAUGCAAACCUGGAUAUUUUAAUCUGGAGUCAUCUAAUCCAAGGGGUUGCACACCCUGCUUCUGCUUUGGGCAUUCUUCUGUCUGUACAAAUGCCGUCGGCUACAGUGUUUAUUCCAUCUCCUCUACCUUUCAGAUCGAUGAGGACGGGUGGCGUGUGGAGCAGAGGGAUGGCUCUGAAGCCUCUCUCGAGUGGUCCUCUGAGAGGCAAGAUAUCGCCGUGAUCUCAGAUAGCUACUUUCCUAGGUACUUCGUUGCUCCUGCCAAGUUCUUGGGCAAGCAAGUGUUGAGUUAUGGUCAGAACCUCACCUUCUCCUUUCGAGUGGACAGGAGAGAUACUCGCCUCUCUGCAGAAGACCUUGUGCUUGAGGGGGCUGGCUUAAGAGUGUCGGUACCCUUGAUCGCUCAGGGCAACUCCUAUCCCAGUGAGACCACUGUGAAGUAUGUCUUCAGGCUCCAUGAAGCAACAGAUUACCCUUGGAGACCUACCCUUACCCCUUUUGAAUUUCAGAAGCUCCUAAACAACUUGACCUCUAUCAAGAUCCGAGGGACAUACAGUGAGAGAAGUGCUGGAUAUUUGGAUGAUGUCACCCUGGCAAGUGCUCGGCCCGGGCCUGGGGUCCCUGCAACUUGGGUGGAGUCCUGCACCUGUCCAGUGGGCUAUGGAGGGCAGUUCUGUGAGAUGUGCCUCUCCGGUUACAGAAGAGAAACUCCGAGUCUUGGACCAUACAGUCCAUGUGUGCUUUGCACCUGCAAUGGACACAGUGAGACCUGUGACCCUGAGACAGGUGUUUGUAACUGCAGAGACAACACAGCUGGCCACCACUGUGAGAAGUGUGGUGAUGGUUACUAUGGAGAUUCAACCAUGGGCACCUCCUCUGAUUGUCAGCCCUGCCCGUGUCCUGGGGGCUCCAGUUGUGCUGUUGUCCCCAAAACAAAGGAGGUGGUGUGCACCAACUGUCCUACUGGGACCACUGGUAAGAGAUGUGAGCUCUGUGACGAUGGCUACUUUGGAGACCCUCUCGGCAGGAACGGCCCUGUGAGGCUUUGCCGCCUGUGCCAGUGCAAUGACAACAUCGACCCCAACGCGGUGGGGAAUUGCAAUCGCUUGACCGGAGAGUGCCUGAAAUGCAUCUAUAACACUGCUGGUUUCUACUGUGACCGGUGCAAAGAUGGGUUUUUUGGAAAUCCGCUGGCUCCCAAUCCAGCAGACAAAUGCAGAGCCUGCAGUUGCAAUCCGUACGGGACAGUGAGGCAGCAGAGCAGCUGCAACCCUGUGACGGGGCAGUGUGAGUGUCUGCCCCACGUGACUGGCCGGGACUGCGGCUCCUGCGAGCCAGGGUUCUACAACCUGCAGAGCGGGCAAGGCUGUGAGAGGUGUGACUGCCAUGCUUUGGGUUCCACCAACGGGCAGUGUGACAUCCGCAAUGGCCAGUGUGAGUGCCAGCCUGGCAUCACCGGUCAGCACUGUGAGCGCUGUGAGGUCAACCACUUCGGGUUUGGACCUGAAGGCUGCAAACCCUGUGACUGUCAUCCUGAGGGGUCUCUUUCACUCCAGUGCAAAGACGAUGGUCACUGUGAAUGCAGGGAAGGCUUUGUGGGUAAUCGCUGUGACCAAUGUGAGGAGAACUAUUUCUACAAUCGCUCUUGGCCUGGCUGCCAGGAAUGUCCAGCUUGUUACCGGCUGGUAAAGGAUAAGGUUGCUGAUCAUCGAGUGAAGCUCCAGGAAUUAGAGAGUCUCAUGGCAAACCUUGGAACUGGAGAUGAGGUGGUGACAGAUCAGGCCUUUGAGGAUAGACUGAAGGAAGCAGAGAGGGAAGUUACGGACCUCCUCCGUGAGGCCCAGGAUGUCAAAGAUGUAGACCAAAAUCUGAUGGAUCGCCUCCAGAGAGUGAAUAACACUCUGUCCAGCCAAAUUAGCCGUUUACAGAAUAUCCGAAAUACCAUUGAAGAGACUGGAAACUUGGCUGAACAAGCACGUGCCCGAGUUGAGAACACAGAACAGUUGAUUGAAAUUGCAUCCCGAGAACUUGAGAAAGCCAGAGUUGCUGCUGCCAACGUGUCAGUUGCUCAGCCAGAGUCUACAGGGGACCCAAACAACAUGACUCUUUUGGCAGAAGAGGCUCGAAAGCUUGCUGAACGCCAUAAACAAGAAGCUGAUGACAUCGUACGAGUGGCAAAGACAGCCAAUGAUACAUCCACUGAGGCAUAUAAUCUGCUUUUGAGGACACUGGCAGGAGAAAAUCAAACAGCAUUUGAGAUUGAAGAGCUUAAUAGGAAGUAUGAACAAGCAAAGAACAUCUCCCAGGAUCUGGAGAAACAAGCUGCCCGAGUGCGUGACGAGGCCAAGAGGGCGGGCGACAAAGCCGUGGAGAUCUAUGCCAGCGUGGCCCAGCUGACCCCCGUGGACUCGGAGGCACUGGAGAAUGAAGCAAAUAAAAUAAAGAAGGAAGCUGAGGAUCUGGACCGCCUGAUUGACCAGAAGUUAAAAGAUUAUGAGGACCUCAGAGAAGACAUGAGAGGGAAGGAACUUGAAGUAAAGAACCUUCUGGAGAAAGGAAAGACCGAACAGCAGACCGCGGACCAGCUCCUCGCCCGAGCUGACGCUGCCAAGGCUCUUGCUGAAGAAGCUGCUAAAAAGGGACGCGACACCUUACAAGAAGCCAAUGACAUCCUCAACAACCUGAAAGAUUUCGACCGGCGCGUGAACGAUAACAAGACGGCCGCAGAGGAGGCGCUGAGGAAGAUUCCCGCCAUCAACCAGACCAUCGCGGAGGCCAACGAGAAGACGAGGGAGGCGCAGCUGGCUCUGGGCAGCGCCGCGGAGGACGCCACGGAGGCCAGGAAGAGGGCGCACGAGGCGGAGAGGAUCGCAGGUGCCGUCCAGAAGAAUGCCACCAGCACCAAGGCAGAAGCUGAUAGAACUUUUGCAGAAGUCACAGAUCUGGAUAAUGAGGUGAACAACAUGUUGAAGCAGCUACAGGAAGCAGAAAAAGAGCUGAAGAAGAAACAAGACGAUGCUGACCAGGAUAUGAUGAUGGCAGGGAUGGCUUCACAGGCUGCUCAAGAAGCCGAGAUCAAUGCCAGAAAAGCCAAAAACUCUGUUACCAGCCUCCUCAACAUUAUUAAUGACCUCUUAGAGCAGCUGGGGCAGCUGGACACAGUGGACCUCAAUAAGCUCAAUGAGAUUGAAGGCACUCUGAGCAAAGCCAAAGAUGAAAUGAAGGUCAGUGAUCUUGAUAGGAAAGUGUCUGACCUGGAGAAUGAAGCCAGGAAGCAAGAGGCCGCCAUCAUGGACUAUAACCGAGACAUCGAGGAGAUCAUGAAGGACAUUCGCAAUCUGGAAGACAUCAAGAAGACCUUACCAUCCGGCUGCUUCAACACCCCGUCCAUUGAAAAGCCCUAGCGUCGUUAGGGCUGGAAGGCAGCACCCCCUGACAGGGGAGCCGUCACGAGGCCACAGAGUGCCUUGAUACAAAGGUUACAUUUUUCAGACCCCCACUUCUCUGCUGCUCUCCAUCACUGUCCUUUUGAACCAGGAAAAGUCACAAAGUUGAAAGAGAAGCAAAUUAAACAGCCUGAAUCGGGAACAAAGGGUUUUAUCUAAUAAAGUCUCUCUUCCACUCACGUUGCUACCUUACCCACACUUUCCCUUCUGAUUUGCGUGAGGACGUGGCAUCCUACGUCACUGUACAGUGGCAUAAGCACAUCGCGUGAGCCCUUGUGUGCCAGGGCAGAGCAAGUAGCCCUCCCCUCUCGUCGACACCAGCAGAACCUCCUCAGUCUCAGUACUCUUGUUUCUAUGAAGGAAAAGUCUGGCUACUAACAGUAGCAUUGUGAUGGCCAGUAUAUCCAGUCCAUGGAUAAAGCAAAUGCAUCUGCAUCUCCUGCCCCUCUUCCUUCUAAGCAAAAGGAAAUAAACAUCCUGUGCCAAAGGUAUUGGUCAUUUAGAAUGUCGGUAGCCAUCCAUCAGUUGUUUUAGCUAUUUUGAGUAUAGGACACUGAGCCAUCCAUGGGUAAAGAUACAAUUAUUUAUGAAAUUCUCCAGGUGAACAUGGCUGAAGUAGGCUGAAGAUUUUCUCGUAUAUUAAUAAUUGACUAAGAAGAUAAACUUUUUUCCAGAUCUUUGGGCAGCUGAUAAUUUAAAUCUGGAUGGGCAGCUUGCGCUCACCAAUAGAUAUCUUUUGAUACUUUUAUAAAUGGAACUUAUACAGAAGAAAUAGGGAUAUGAUAACCACUAAAGUUUUCUUUUCAAAAUCAAACUAAUUCUUAGAGCCAUUUUAUUAGGUUAGUCUUGGAACUAGUGUUAUCUGGCAGAAAACAGUUGGUCCCUAAGAUCUUGACAAACAAAACAAAAGCAAAACAAGCCUCCUGUCCUAGUCUUUUCUAGUGAAGGGGUAAAAUUUAGAUGCAACUAGUACUGUCAGGAUCCCAUAUAUCCAUUUUUCUCUUGGAGAGAGAUGAAACAUAUUCGACCCUUAGCUCCAGUUUUCUUCUGAUGUUUCCAUCUUCUAGAAAUCCUUCAAAGAAUCCCACAUUGUUUGCCAAAUCCUGGUGGCAAAUACGUGUACUCAGUGUUUCACCCAGCUGCCAACGCCAUCUGGUUCCUGCACUUUGUGAUUUGACCCCACUCUAAACCUUCCCUCUGAGUAUAGAGGGAAGACCUUUAUGUGGAGUUUUCUAGGGGGCUUCUCAACUUUUGAUCCUCAGCUCUGUGGUUUUAUUUUAAGACCACAGUGUGACAAUUCCCUGCCACACACCCCCUUCCUCCUACCAACUUGCCUUUGAGAUUCAUAUAUAGCCUUUAACACUAUGCAACUUUGUACUUUGCGUAGCGCGGGGGGAAAGAAACUAUUAUCUGACACACUGGUGCUAUUAAUUAUUUCAAAUUUAUAUUUUUGUGUGAAUGUUUUUUGUUUUGUUUAUCAUGAUUAUAGAGUAAGGAAUUUAUGUAAAUAUGCUUGGUCCUAUUUCUAGAAUGGCACUGUCUGUACACUACUUUGCUCAGUUUUUCCUCUUCACUGGCACAGUGCAUCUGAAUACCUCCUUCCGUUCCAUCUAGAAUUGUUUAGACUGUAUCUGCUCCCCAUCGCUUUGCUCUCUGCCUUGUGUUUGCAGCAUCUUCAUUCGCUGACAUCAGUAUCAACUUGCUUUCCUCCACACCCAGCCUCUGUGAAGAGGGAACUCAGAGCCUCUUCCAUGGCAGUCCUCAUGACCCUGAGACUGCAGCAUGACGUUGUUCUCGAUGUCCCAGAGCAGGAAUGCCCGGUUGACAGGAUAUCGGGUAUUAGGAACCUUUGCCGAAGAGGAUCAUUGACACCUUUAGGGGUCUAGCCAGGAAUGAAUGAGAAAUGCCCUUUCUAGCAGUUGUUGGAGCUGGACGGGUCAGUUCCAUGAGGGGCGCGUUAUUACUGAGCACUUUCAAGGCACCAGGAGCACCGCUGCUGAUGGGCAGACUGGGAGCGCGGUGGGACUUGUUCCUGUGCUCCCGCUCUGCCGUUCCCAUCUGGCGGGGCCGCGAGAGUCUGCCGCGUUCUGACGUGGCGGACCCGGAGCUCACUCCGCGCUCUCCCAGGCCUCUUCUGCUGCCGCGGGAGGCAUGGCUCUUGCCAGGUUUUCACAUCGAUGUUUCCUGGCUAGUUCCUCUUUCUGAGUGGCCACAUCCUAACACAGGCAUUUUCAUCAAGGUCGCAGGAAGAGGACUGAAGAGCGAUCGCCAAGCCACACGCUAGUUUGGAUCAAGUUCACUCUGACAAGUCUUAGGCCACGGUGGGGUGUUUUGGUUUGGCUUGGUUUGGUUUCUUCCUUCCUUCUGUCUUUCUUUCUUUUCUUUCUCUCUCUUUUCUCUUUCUCCUUCUUGAACUGUGUGAUAUAUUUUUAAACAGAAUUUUAUUUUUAAAAUAAAAGUUCUUUAUAAGAUGAUACCUUAAUUACACUCCUGCAAUAUAGCCAUUAUUGUGUAGUUCCAUUAUCUGUAUUUUAUGUAAUGAGAUCGACAGGAUGGCUGCUGCAGAAUGCUGGGUGACACAGGGAAUAUAGACUGCUAUUUUUCCCUGGAAUUUUCCCUUUGAAUUCCAGCUAUGGCCCUUUUACGUGUGCCUUCACUUUAGCUGUUUGCCUUAAUCUCUACAGUCUUGCUUUCCAGGGUGGUUAAUAAAAUGCAACACUUGGCAUUUUUUAUGUUUUAAGAAAAACAGUAUUUUAUUUAUAAUAAAAUCUGAAUAUUUGUAACCCUUUA